UCUCAGGAAAUCAACGAUUCAUCUGUCGGCCUGGAACACCUUCUGAGAGAAGUAGGGCAGAUUUAUGAAGCUCUGGAAUUAACAAACUCCAAGGAAGACACUUCAGCCAAACUGCCGGAAAUUGCAGCAGAGCUGAUGGUUUUGGGGUAUCCUGUGGAGCUGAUGGAUGGGGACGCUUCUUACCUGCCCCUGCGCUGGGUGGGAGCAAUCUUUGACAGCUUAAUUGAGAGGCUGGGGGACAAACGAGUGUUUGUGCUCUCCGUGCUCGGCAUCCAGAGCACAGGCAAGUCCACCCUGCUGAAUGCCAUGUUUGGGUUUGAUGUGAAGACCCACAUUCACUACUUUGCUCACCUGUGGGAAGGAAACCCCCCGAUGGCACCACCCAACCCCACCUACAGCCAGAACGUCCAGCAACUAAAGAGCAAAAUCCUGCAGGCUGCCAAGCAGCAUUCCCAGCGCGGCAUUUUGAAGCUCUCGACCCUGAAAGAUCGUAUUGGUGACCUGUGGAAUGCUUUGCGGCAUGAAAACUUUGUUUUCAGCUUCAAGAAUUCCCUGGAGAUUGCUGCAUACAGGAAACUGGAAAGUGCCUUUAGUCAGUGGACCUGGAGGCUGAGGAGUCACUUCUUAGAUGUAGAGAUGAGACUGAACAACAAAAUUCAGAAUGGGGAUUUGCAGAAUGUCACCAGAAAACACCUUGAAGGGCUGGUGCAGGAGACAAGUGAUGCCAUUGAGAAAGAAGUGGAAAAAUAUUUCAUGGAAGACAAAGACCGUGAGACACUGGUCCAGUGGAAAUCAAGCACAGAGCUGAAGCUGAAAGAACUGAAAGAGACUCUUCUUUAUGAAACAAAAAGGAAAUGUGAGAAUCUUAUUGAGCUACAGAAGGAACAGAAUAAAUUGGAUGCAAAGAAGCUGGAAUACGAAGAUGAGCUUCUGAGAAGGAGUAGGGAGCUGGCGGUAACUCUGAAAGGGAAAAGCCCCAGUGAGAAUAAAUUGGAUACAAAGAAGCUGGAAUACGAAGAUGAGCUUCUGAGAAGGAGUAGGGAGCUGGCGGUAACUCUGAAAGGGAAAAGCCCCAGUGAGAAAGAACUGAAGGAUCACUUCUCUCUUGUGUGGAACAGUUGGAUUGCUGAGGUCUCCCGUGCUGCUCGUCCGCUGGAACGGGUGGAUAUCGAUGCAGAAAUUGAAGAUGUCCUUCUAGAGCACUUUAAGGAGCCAGGUUUCCAUGCAUGGAUCAGGUCAUUUCCCAAAGACAGUGGAUUUUCUUUUGACAUGGAGAAACACACUACAAAGAGAAACUUGAUAAGCUUACUCCAAGAUGUUGGGAGCAUUUUUGAUGCUGCUGUGAUCAAAUUUCAGCACAUCACAGAUGACAUCAUAGCGUGUGUGGAGGCAAACAUUGAUAAGAAGGAACAGGAAAAACAGGAUUACAGUCGAAAUUUUAUUCAUGAAAUACUCAAUGAAAUUGAACCAGCCCUUCGCCAGGCAGUCUUUGAGAGGACGGCUAAAGACAUUGCUGAGGACAUGAAGAGCAAAUUACCAGACUUCAGGGGCAACAGAGCCAAUCUGGAAGUCUGCAUCCUGAGAUACCUGGCAGAACAAGAAAAUUUUGAGUAUUUCAAGCAGGAACUGACAGAGGUGAUCAACUUGCCCAGAAGUGACCUGAAUGGCAUCGAGCACCAGGAGGUCACAGACAUUGAGUUCCUGAGCAGUGCCAUGGCAGAAACUCUGGAUGACCUGAGGGACAGGCUUAUGAAAGAAAUGGCUGAUGCUGACCUGAGCUCAUUUUCAAGACCGACACAGCUGGAAGCUUUGUACAAUGGGAAAUUUGAGGGCAAAGGAGAAAUCCCUGACUCGUGGCAGAGAAUUACCAAGCAGGAAGCACUGUCCGAGCUGGAGCAGCGUUAG